AUGGCCUCGUUCGCCGAUGCCGAGAGGAUGCUUAUCUCCAAAGCGCUGAGCACCUGCCAGAAAGACUCGGAUUUCUCAGCCUCCCUCUUCCACGUCCAGUACACGCCGGGUAACAACAGUGCCAAGAUAGAAAUGGCUGCCACGUCCUCGGUUAAGGGCUACGUCAAAUUCGACCUUGCCAUCACAGCCUAUGGUCUUGAGGUAGUUCGCCAGGUGCUAGACCCUUGCGACACGGAGUUGCAAGGUCUUUGCCCCAUGCAGACAGGCAACAACGACUUUGGAUUCCCGAUUCCUGUGCCCGAGAGCGCGGCUAGUCUCAUUCCUGGCAUCGCCUACACUAUUCCCGACCUCGACGCCAAGGUCAGGGUGUUUGUCAAUAUGACCGAGACGGGCGAAAGCGUGGCGUGUCUUGAGGCUGGGUUCUCCAACACCAAGACCGUCGACUUGAUUGGCGUGAAAUGGGCCACGGCCAUCAUCGCAGGCCUUGCUCUCGUUUCGUCUGCUGUCAUGUCCGGCCUCGGACACUCGAAUGCUGCCUCGCACAUUGCGGCCAACUCGCUCUCGCUUUUCGGAUACUUCCAGGCCCAGGCAAUUGUUGGUCUCACCGCUGUGCCUCUGCCCCCCAUCGUUCAAGCUUGGACGCAGAACUUCCAGUGGUCCAUGGGCAUCAUCCAGGUGCCUUUCAUGCAGGACAUCUUCACCUGGUACCAGCGCGCGACUGGCGGCGACCCUGCGACCCUUUUCGACUCGCUGCGAACAUACUCUGUCCAAGUCCGGAAGCGUGACAUGUCCACCCUCGAGACUGGCCUGAGCUUGUUCAAACGUGGUCUUGCCAUGUCCGCCGACGCUGCCUCUACCGCUGUUUCGCACAUUGCCAAGCGCCAGAACAUCGAGCUUAGCAACGGCAGCUACCUUGUCUACGGUAUCCAGCGUGUGGCUUUCCGGAUGGGCAUUGAGACGACCAACCUGUUCAUGACCGGUCUGACAUUCUUCAUUCUCUUCAUCGUCUUCACAACACUUGCCGUCGCCAUUUUCAAGGGUACUCUCGAGCUGGCCGUGAAGCAGAAGUGGAUGUCGAGCGAGAAAUUCCUUGAAUUCCGCAAUGGAUGGAUCACAGUCCUCAAGGGCAUCCUCUUCCGUGCCACUCUCAUUGGAUUCCCCCAGAUCACCAUCCUCAGCUUGUGGGAAUUCACUCAGAUCGACUCACCCGCCAUUGUCGUGCUGGCUGUCUUCUUCAUGCUCGGGAUGAUCGCGACGCUCGCAUGGGGCACCUGGAAGGUCAUCAGCAUUGCGCGUCGUUCUGUAGCAAUGCAUCGCAACCCGGCCUACAUUCUCUUCUCGGAUCCCCAGGCGCUGAACAAGUGGGGCUUCCUUUACAUCCAGUUCCGCGCCUCGGCUUACUACUUUAUUGUGCCCGUCCUGGUCUACACCUUUGUCAAGGCUGCCUUCGUGGCACUGGGUCAGCACAGCGGCGUCGCGCAGGCCAUUGGCCUUAUCAUCAUCGAGGUUGCCGCUCUGAUCGGCGCAUCGGUCCUGCGCCCCUGGAUGGACAAGAGCACCAACUCGUUCAACAUUGCCAUUUGUGUUGUCAACUUCCUCAACAGCAUCUUCCUGUUGAUCUUCACUAAUGUGUUUGGCGCGCCCGGCUUGGUUGUGGGUGUCGUCGGCGUUGUUCUUUUCAUCCUCAACGCGGCCUUUUCGCUUAUCCUGCUUCUCAUGGUCAUCAUCUCGACAACGGUCAUCUUCUUCCGCAAGAAUCCCGAUGCUCGUUACCAUGUCAUGGCUGACGACCGCGCCUCAUUCAUGAAGUCGCAGACCCAGCUCAACACCACCACCGAGCUGGACGCCCUGGCGGCGACCGCUCGUGGAGACAAGAGCGGCUACAAGUCUCACCUCGAUCUUGAUGACGACAAUGAGUCCUUGUCUUCGGACAGCAUGCGUCGCCGCACCGAUUCCUCGGCCUUGGACGCACCGAGGUCGCCCAUCAACCCCUCCAUGCCUCUCUUCCCUGCCAACAGGCCCGAGAGCCCAUUCCGUUCCGCAUCGCCAAGCCCCUUUGGCGCGUCAGCGACCUCACUGAGCCAGCAGCAGAGCCGGGGGCAGAACAAUGCAAGCCCGGCCAUGCGGUCAGCUCACAACCAAAGCCCGCCCUCGCGAGCAAACAAUGCUAGUCCAUGGCAGCGUGGUGCUGGUUACGACUAG